AUGUCGCAAUUCUCAAUUAUUCGUGAAUCACCUGGAGACAAGCAUCUGAUCAAUAACAACAACAAAAAGUCAAACUACAACAACCACACGAGAGAAAUCAAGUUUAAGUAUGAAGAGCCUAUCGGUAUCAGGCCUGAAGAUGACGAUGAUCUCGAGACCUGCCCUGCUAGAACAAGAGCCUCUUGGCCCCAUAAGAUUGUUCCUUGGUGGAAGCCCACGGAUCGCUAUGAAAAACCACCUUAUUCUUAUGCAACACUGAUUGCUCAUGCCAUCUUGACUAGCAAAAACGGCCGUUUAACUUUGAGUGACAUUUACAAAUGGAUCUCGGAAGCAUAUCCGUACUACAAAAGAGGCCAAAAGGGCUGGCAGAACUCUAUCCGCCACAAUCUCUCAUUGAACAGAAAGUGGUUUGUCAAGGAAGACCGUCGUCCUACUCAAGCGCAUCCUGGCAAAGGCGGUUACUGGACUCUCCGUCUCAACACUGAAAAGAUCUUUGUAGACAACUUGUCUCAAACCGGCGGCCACAGCAGAAGACACCACGACAUGGGCAUGUACACUUCUCUCUCCACUCGUCAUUACCGCAAUACCAGUUCUGAAACUGGCGCCAUUAGUGGUGAAGACAUGAUGAAUUUGGAUGACUUGUCAAUGGAUAACAUGUGUCCCAACAUUCACAUUACUCGCCCUGAAGAUUACGAAGCCAAGAAGAACAAGGCUACUGCUGCUGCUGCUGCUGCUGCUGCUACUGCUGCUGCCUCUACUGCUUCUACUACCUCACCCUCUGUGGCUGCUCCCCGCAUCAGAAACAUGACAGCUCAGGAAAAGAAGAGCAAGAUUGCGCCAAAGCAAGUGCCCAAGACUGAUCCCAAGAACUUCAUCAUUCGAUUCAAUCCUCUUGACCCUGUCAACAAGCGUCGCAAGUCUACUGAUCCUCAAAGACCUCCUCCCAAGGCGGGUAAACGCCGCAAUCCUGUUGAACCUGGAUCAUCUACAGCUGAAGAUGACGAUGAUAGUGCUGUUGAUGUGGGAUCGUAUGCUGACGAUACACACACUUCCAAAAAGAGAAAAUCAACAACAACAAACUCAAUUGACACCAUCGCUGCGUCACCGUAUGUAUUGAGUUACCCUACAGAGUCGUACAACAAUUUGACUAGACCAUCGGAUUUGAUCGGUACUAUGCCUGCUCUUCCUCAGCAACCUCUGCAACAGCCACUGCAACAGCAACAACAAGAAGGCAAUGACUUUUGGAUGUGCGAUAAAGACCCCAACCAGAUGCUACUCACUGCUGAAUAUCCAAUGCUGUUUGAUGUGGAGGCGCAGAACAUCCUUGAUGGAUUACAAGUUCCUCAGCAAGUGGUGACUCAACAUCCUGAUAUGAAGACCAUUGAUCUCCAGUCCUUCAGCUUGGAAAAGAACCUCCACUUUUCGUCCAACACAUUCAACGCCGAGUCCUUCUCUGACCCCAACAGCAAUUGGUAUGUGCCUGACUUGGCCACUUACAACUUGGAUCAAUACGUUGAUUUCGAAGGCACAACCACAGACUUGCUCAUGGAGGAUGAUCCAGCCACUAUGAAUACCUACUGGCCUACGGAUGCCAAUAACUGCUAUUUCAAUAUGCCAUCUACCCUUUCUACAACUAAGUAUGAAUAA